AUGUGGGUUCUGCCUGCCUGGGGCGGUUCGUCCUGGUACGGGACUCGUGACCCGCCCGUUGCGCCCACCCUGCCACCGUCCAUCACCUGGAUUCUGCCAGCGGGGACGUGGGCUCUGCCGGCACACGCCCUGCCCGGCCUCCUGGAUGGGCACCUCACUUUGGCAUCGCUCCACACCGGGCUUCAAGACCCCUGCACCUUUGGGAAGGAAAAACUGGGACAGUUCCGCUCCCUUCCCGUUCCCACCGUUAACCUUGUGGGCCGCAUCGGCAGAGAUAAGAUUGGGCCAGCCGCGCCCAGCAUGCGGGGGGCAACGCUGGCCGGGGGGCUGGCCCGCAGCCCGCUGCCCAUCCUAGCCGCCGGCCUCUUCUUCCCCAGCUGGGCCAGGAGCCGGCCCGACCUGCAGCGCCCGCGGCACGAGACUCACCCCUACUACGACCUGCGUGUGAAGGUGCUGGGAGCCAGAAACAUCAAGGGAACCGAUCUCCUGUCGGAGGCCGACUGCUACGUGGAGCUCCGACUGCCCACCGCCUCCUCGCUCCCGGCCCGCACUCGGGUGGUCCCAAACUGCAGCCAUCCCAAGUGGGAUGAGACCUUCCUCUUCCGGAUCCAGGGAGCCAUGAAGAACGUGUUGGAGCUGCACCUGUUGGACAAGGACGUCUUACUGAGCGACCGUCUCUCGUCCCUCGUCUUCGAUCUGGGCGGGUUGAGGCCUGGUCAGACCCUCAGACACAUCUUCCAGCUCAGCCCCUCGGACUCCCAGGAGUUGGAAGUGGAGCUUUCCUUGGAAAAGAGCAGGAUGCCCCCCUCCCAAGUCAUCACCAACGGGGUCCUGGUGGCCCGCCCCUGCCUGAGGGUCCAUGGUACCGUGAGCGGAGGGGCAUCGCCCCCCUUGCAGGGGCACCGGGACAGGGAGGUGAAGGUGGAGGUGGCCGGGGCCUGUGAGAAGCCUCUCCUCUUGCCCCAACGCCCUGGGCAGAGCCCCCCGCCCGCGGCCUUCAGUUUCCACGUGGACGCGGAGCUGAGCUCACGUUUGGACCUGGAACUCCGGGAGACCCGCACUAUCCUGCAGAGUGGGCCGAGCCCUGAGGUGGAGUCAGAGAGGAGCGUCCUGGGCCAGGGGACCAUCCCCCUGUCCUCGCUACCCUUGGGCCGGGAUGUGAGCCAGUCGGUGUCCCUGGGAGAGGGUCAUGAACUGGACGUCUGCGUGAAAACUGAAAUGAGCUCCGGGCACCUCGACGUGCGUCUCGACUUCGACCUGUGCGACGGGGAGCGGGAAUUUCUGCGGAAGAGGAAAGAAGGGGUGCGACAGGCGCUGCAGGGGGUGCUGGGCCUCAGCGCGGCCCCCCACAAAGAUGAGGUCCCCGUGGUGGCCGUGCUGGGCUCCGGCGGUGGCACCCGGGCCAUGACGGCCCUGUACGGCAGCCUAGCAGGCCUGCAGGACCUGGGCCUACUGGAUACGGUCACCUACGUGGGCGGCAUCUCGGGCUCCACCUGGUGUCUGUCCACGCUGUACGAGGAUCCAUCGUGGUCGCAGUCGGCGCUGGAGGCCCGCACGGCCCAGGCGCGGGCCCACGCGUGUAGCAGCAAGUCAGGCGCGUGGUCCCAGGCCAGAGUCCGCUACUACCACCGGGAGCUCCAGGGGUUGGACGGUGGCGUCUCCCUUAUCCACCUGUGGGCUCUCCUCGUCGAAUAUUUCCUGCACCGUGGGGAGAACCCCGCCAAGCUGUCCGACCAACAAGCUGCACUCUGCGACGGCCAGAACCCCCUCCCCGUCUACGCCGGGGUCAAUGUCCGCGCCAACCUGAGCGGCCAAGACUUCGCAGAGUGGGUGGAGUUCACGCCCUACGAGGUGGGCCUCCCCAAGUACGGCGCCUUCGUCCGCACCGACCUCUUCGGAUCCGAGUUCUUCAUGGGGCGGCUGAUGAAGCGGCUGCCCGAACCCCGGAUCUGCUUCCUGGAGGGGAUCUGGGCCAGCGCCUUCGCCGCCAGCCUGGACGAGGUCUCCCAGAAGUUGGGGGGCUCGGGCCUUGGAUUCCUGGACUCCUACAGGGACAGCGUCAACGUUAUCGGAGCUUGCCAGCCGCUCCAGCUGCCGGACCCAACGUGCCUGGACACUCGGCUGUCCACCCCGCAUGGCCCCUUCUCUCAGGCCCUGCUGGACUUCUUCACGUCCCGCUUCUCCGCCGGGAAAAACUUCAACUUCACCCGCGGCCUCUGCCUGCACAGGGAUUACCUAGCCAGCCAGGAGUUCAUCUGCAAAGACUCCCACCCGGACACCUUCCCCAACCAACUGACCCCCACGAUGGACUGUCUGAACCUGGUGGACGGCGGCUUCGCCAUUAACUCCCCUUUCCCCUUGGUGCUGCGGCCCCAGAGGGACGUGGAUGUCAUCCUGUCCUUCGACUACUCCUGGGAAGCUCCUUUUGAGGUGCUGCAGCUGACGGAGAAGUACUGCCAGGAGCGGGCACUGCCCUUCCCCCGGAUCCAGGUGGGCCCCGGGGACCUGGCCCGGCCCCGGGAGUGCUACGUGUUCGCCGAGGCCGAAGACCCCCGCGCCCCCAUCGUGGUGCAUUUCCCCCUCGUGAACCGCACGUUCCGGACGCACCGGGCACCAGGCGUGGAGCGGGAGUCGGCCGAGGACGAGGCCUUCGGGGACUUUGACGUCGAGGGCCCGGACUCCCCGUACGGCACGACCAACUUCACCUACGGCCCGAGGGACUUCGACCGGCUGGUGGCAUUGAGCCGCUACAACGUGCUGAACAACGCCGGGAGCCUGAGGCAAGCCCUGCAACUAGGCCUGAGGAGGAGGCGGGCUCGGAUCGGGGCGAGUGGUCCCUUCUCCCGUCAGGGCUGGGACAUCUUCUCCCGGGCGGCAGUGGACGCCGGGCCCCGGGCCCCCAGGCCGACCCCCUCCAGGGCCGGGUGA